AUGGAGGCCCUGGCUUCUCCUGCUGCUCAGGCGUGUUCCGCAUCCCCGCACUCCGCGCUCCGCGCGUCGUCCCCCGCACUCGGCGGAGGCGGACUGCGCAAUGCGGCCUCGCUGCUACCGCUCCGCUCCGCGGGUCUCGUAAAGAAGUCGCUAUGUCGACCAUCGCACGCUGUCGCUGCUGCCGAUAAUAAUCACCGGCCGUCCGCAAUUCGCGCUGGUAGCAACGCGGCGGACGAUGCGCUGUGCCGGCGGCAAGUUCUCGGAGCGCUGGCGAUCGCGCCGACUCUGCUGAUGGCGCCGCGAAUGGCGGGAGCGGAGGAAUCAGCGGUGGAGGUGGCGGGAGAAGAAGUGGCGGCGGGGUCGCCGGCGGGAUCCGCGGCGGGGGACGCGCCGCGAGUGACGGAGAAGGUGUUUCUCGAUAUUGCCGUGGACGGUGCGCCUGCUGGACGGCUGGUGAUAGGCGUAUACGGCGAGGCUGCGCCAGUGGGAGCAGCGCGCUUCACCCAGCUGGCCAGGGGCGUGGCGGGCGUGUCGUACCGGCGCAAGGACUUCCUCCGCCUCACCGACUCCUACGUGCAGGGCGGCGCCCUGCGCUCCUUCUCCCUCACCGGCUCUGCUGCUGACCCUGCUGCUUUUGUCGGCGGCUUGAACGCGGAUGCGGUCGCACAGGAGCUACAGCAGCUGCAGAUCGCAAAGCCCGGGCCAGUCUACAACAAAGCCUACUCCGUCGCUCUGUUUGCCGUCGACCCAACCAUCCCCCCUCCGAAGCAAAAGCUGGUGGCACGAGGGGGGAAAUUUGAGGUGGUGGAGGAGGCGUUGAAACCGGCCCCCAACGGCACUGAGUUUGCCGUCUCCUUUACAGACUGCCCCGAUUUAGACUCCACGCACCUGGUGGUGGGACGGGUGCUGGAUGGCUUUGGAGUUCUGGAGAAGGUUCGGGAGGUGCCGUUUGUGCGGGACAACACAGACAAUGGCUUCUUCAAAGCUGCGAAAUUGAUAGGAGAUACCAGGGCUACAGUAGCAGAGAGGGGGUUUUAUCGCCCGUACAAGAAGAUUACAAUCACCAAGUCAUCAUUAGAUCCCUACGGUGCCGGGUCUAAUCCGUCAAAUUACAUGCAGCAACAGCAAGGCUAUCACCAGCAACACCAGCAGCAGCAGCAGCAGCAGCAGCAGCAGCAGCAGCAACAGCAGCAGCAGCAGAGUUACUACAACCCAUCAUCGGCGUUGCUUCAGCAGUCUGGCAUGCGCGACGGUCAUGGAUCAGGCUAUACCGCGUAUGGCUCGGCCGGUGCUUACUCUUCCCAGGGCUAUGCGGAAGCGUCGUAUGCAGACGGUGCAAUGCGAGGGAUGAAUAAGCGAGGCCUCGAUUCAGGUGUUUUCCCUUCCUCCCACCAUAGCUAUUACGAGUACCCUUCCAAACGUCUUCAUUUCGGCAACACCAAUCCCACUCCUCUCCCUCCAUCCUCCCAUUCUGACCCCUCAUACCCCUCCUCCCUCUACCUAUCAUCUGGCGCUGACGCUGGUUCUACCUUCCCCAGUAGCGCCUACUACGACUCAAACGCCACAGGUCUGGGCCCUGGCAAAGAAGCAUACUAUUCCACAUCCCAGCAGCAGCAGCAGCAGCAGCAGCAGGAAGAGCAGGAGCAGGCGCUAUAUCCGGUCAGGCCAGGGGAGAAAGAGUGUGCGUACUACAUGCGACAUGGCAAGUGCAGUUUCGGCGCCACAUGUCGAUUCCACCACCCCCCGCGCACCCCCUCCUCUUCCGCCGCCGCUCCUUCCCCCUCUUCCGCCCCCUCCGGCCCCUCCGGUCCGUCUGCCCCGUUCGCCCCAUCCGCCUCUGCCGCUUACCCGAACGCGUCUGCCUCUGCUACAGCAGCGGUGGCGGUGGCGACAGCCGCAAUGGUAGCAGCAGCUGGUGGUUAUUCUUACUCCUAUUCUGGGGGGAAUUGGGAUUCGGCGGGCAUGUUAGGAGUGAUGCCUGUAGCGGCAUUCGGAGCAGGAGCAGGAGGAGGAGGAGGGGGAGGGGGAGCAGGUAUAGGGGGUCUAAUCCCACCCAGCCUUUUCUCUCCCCACUCCCCCCACCCACACCCCCACGCUUCUCCCAAUUCGCCACUUGAUUCCUUGUCUUACCUACUCCGCACUCUCUAUACACCUCCUUUCCCACCAGUGUUUCUGCCUUUAUACGGUCCAAUGAACGGAACUAGUCUUGCCCCUCAUCUUCCUCCGCUCCCUGCUCCUCCUCCCACACUCCCCCCCUUCCCCUCCCCUCUCUCUCGCUGCACUUUCUGUCCUCUUUCCCCCUCCUCCAACCCCUCAACUCGCUCCUCCCCUCCCCAUUCUCCCCCUUCCUGCGUGCAUGCGUGUGUGUUCGUCCAUACCGCGUGUGGCUCUGCCAUCCCUCCCUCCCUCCGUCCUUCCGUCCCUCCAUCCCUCUGUCCCUCCGUCUUUCCGUCCUUGUGUCCUGCCCGGCCCGCAUCCCCCCUGCCACCUGCAAUUCUACAUGAAAACUGGGACAUGCAAGUUUGUCAGAACUGCUGCUUCAACCAUCCAGAGCCAUCCGCCCUCACGUCACCUGCUGCAGCAGCCAAUGCGAUGGCCAGUGCCCGCCCCUCUGCUCCUGCUCUCUUCCGUUCCCCAGUGCAAUCACCGUUUCUGCUCCCACAAAGGCUCCUUCCGCACCAGUCUGGCGUGCUCUCCCCAGGCCCCUCCCUCCCGCUGCUGCCACCCACCGCGUCACCCAUAUCAAUCCUGCAGCUGCACCGACAACAGCAGUACCAGCAGCAGCAGGAGCAGCUUCACCAGCACCACCAGCAGCAGCUGCAACAGCUGCAGCAGCAGCAGCAGUUCCCGCAGCGGCCAGGGCAGCCGGAAUGCGCAUUUUACGUGAAGACUGGAAGCUGCAAGUACGGGCCUUCCUGCAAGUUCCACCAUCCCCCACAGCAGCAGCAUCAGCAGCAGAAGCAGCAGCAUCACCUUUCACCAUCACCAUUGCCAUUCCCACUGGGCGGUGGGGGAAUGGGAGGAGGAGCAGGCGGAGGAGGAGGGGGAGGUGGAGGAGCAAGAGGACCGGCUAUGUUCUUCCCUCCGCCUUCUCAUGUGCACCUGUCCUCCUCUCCACCCAUGCAUCCUGUGUUUCGGCACCAUGCUGCUGCCACCGCCUCUCCGUCUCCUUCUCAUGCUGCUGCUGCUGCAGCUGCUGCCGGCCUGCUGCCAGCGGGAGUGACGCUCUCUGCUGCAGGCCUCCCUCGCCGCAAGGAAGCGGUGACAUGUGCCUUUUACAUCAAGACUGGCACCUGCAAAUACGGGGUGACUUGUAAGUUUGACCACCCCCCUCCCGGAGAGGUGGCAGCCAAAGCUGCUGCCGAAGCUGCUGCUGCUGCAAUGGUAGGUCCCACGCUUCCGCUCUCUGUCGCCCGCGUCGUCGCCAUCGCUUCCGCAGCUCGUCGCGUUCGCGACCCCUGCCCGUCGCCUUCACUUCCCCCCCGUCGCCUUCACUCCCCCCCCCCCCCCCCCCUCUCCCCCCUUCCGUUGCCUUCAUUUCCCCCUCUCGUCGCCUUCACUUCCCCCCCUCCCGUCGCCUUCACUUCCCCCUCUCGUCGCCUUCACUUUCCCCCCUCCCGUCGCCUUCACUUCCCCUUCCCGUCACCUUCACUACCCCCUCCCGUCGCCUUCACUUCUCCCCCCCGUCGCCUUCACUUCCCCCUCUCGUCGCCUUCACUUCCCCCUCCCGUCGCCUUCACUUCCCCCUCCCCUCGCCUUCACUUCCCCCUCCCGUCGCCUUCACUUCCCCCUCCCGUCGCCUUCAUUUCCCCCUCCCCGUCGCCUUCACUUCCCCUCCCGUCUCCUUCAUUUCCCCCUCCCGUCGCCUUCACUUCCCCUUCCCGUCGCCUUCACUUCCCCCUCCCGUCGCCUUCACUUCCCCUUCCCGUCGCCUUCACUUCCCCCUGCCGUCGCCUUCACUUCCCCCUCCCGUCGCCUUCACUUCCCCCUCCCGUCGCCUUCACUUCCCCCUCUCGUCGCCUUCACUUCCCCCUCCCGUCGCUUUCACUUCCCCCUCCCCUCGCCUUCACUUCCCCCUCCCGUCGCCUUCACUUCUCCCUCCCGUCGCCUUCACUUCCCCCUCCCGUCGCCUUCACUUCCCCCUCCCGUCGCCUUCACUUCCCCCUCCCGUCUCCUUCAUUUCCCCCUCCCGUCGCUUUCACUUCCCCCUCCCCUCGCCUUCACUUCCCCCUCCCGUCGCCUUCACUUCUCCCUCCCGUCGCCUUCACUUCCCCCUCCCGUCGCCUUCACUUCCCCCUCCCGUCGCCUUCAUUUUCCCCUCCCCGUCGCCUUCACUUCCCCUCCCGUCUCCUUCAUUUCCCCCUCCCGUCGCCUUCACUUCCCCCUCCCGUCGCCUUCACUUCCCCCUCCCGUCGCCUUCAUUUCCCCCUCCCCGUCGCCUUCACUUCCCCUCCCGUCUCCUUUAUUUCCCCCUCCCGUCGCCUUCACUUCCCCUUCCCGUCGCCUUCACUUCCCCCUCCCGUCGCCUUCACCUCCCCCAUUUCCCCCCUUCACGCUCUCUUACCCCCUCUGCUCGCCCCUGUUUUCCCGGCUCACUCCUAUACCCACUCUCUCCCUCCCUGCUCACUCUCUUCCCCCCUGCUCACUCUCUUCCCCCCUGCUCACUUUCUUUCCCCCUGUUCUCAUCCCUCUUUCCCCCUUUCUCACCCACUUCCCCCCUGCUCGGUCUAUUUCCCCCUGUGCUCGCCCCUAAAAUCCCCUGCUCACUCCCUUACCCCUUGUUCACUCUCUCCCCCUCUGGUCACUCUCUUCCCCCCUGUACUCACCCAUCUUUCCACCCUGUUUACUCUCUAUUCCCCUUUGUUCAACCCUUUUCCCCCCCCAAGUCCUCUCAUUUCCCCUCCUUAG